CGUCGUGACGUCACUGUGCGACACAGGAAGUGAUAGUUUCAGACCAAAACAACCAGGAGACUCUGCCUUAUUCUACGUGAUAUUUAGAAAAAUGGGAGUAAAAGGUCUCCAGUAUUUCAUGGAGCGCUGCUGUCCAGAAUCCUGCGUAACUGUCGACCUGAGAGAAAUGGUCAAACAACAUGUUCCCAAAACAUCUGACAACACUUCCAGUCCCACACUUGUUGUGGAUGGGAUGGCCUGCCUGCGCCACUGGUACUUGUGUAAAGACUGGGUGUGUGGGGGUCAGUGGAACGAGUACAUGAGCAUCCUGAGGCGCUGGGUGGAGACAUUCACGUCUGCAGGAAUUCGUCUUGUCUUCUUCUUUGAUGGCGUGGUUGAGGAGAAGAAGAGACAUGAGUGGGUGAAGCGAAGACGAAGAGUAAACGGGCAGGUGUCUAAACUAUUCCGUUACAUUAAGUUACAUGGAGAACAACCAGGCAAAGAUCUCUUCACUCUGCCCUCUGGCUUGGCAACAUUCACACCCUUUGCCCUCAGGACAUUAGGUCAGGACGUAUUUUGCUCAGUGCAGGAGGCUGACUAUGAGAUUGCCUGUUAUGCCCGUCGCCAUGGCUGCAUGGGCAUUUUGGGACAGGACUCAGACUUCAUCAUAUAUGACAGUGUUCCUUACUUGUCAGUGGCAAAACUGCAGUUAGACCGCCUCACCACCGUCCUAUACGACCGAGAGAGGCUUUGCCGAGCCAUUGGAUUGGAUGUUUCUCAGUUACCGCUACUGGCCUGUCUACUCGGUAACGAUGUGGUGCCAGAAGAGCGUAUGCAAGCUAUCAGGAACAGUGCUUGGACAGCAUACAGGAAACCGUAUGACACAGCCCACUCUGGAGCUCCCCAGAGGCAGAUGGUGUUAGCUGUAUCCCAGUUUGUCAGCUCUUUGUGGGGCAGAGAGGAGGAAGAGAGGGGGCUUAUUCCUCAGACUCUGAAACUAACAGUUGCAGACAGACAGCUCCUGGAAAAAGGGAUUUGCUCCUAUUUACUAGCUGGACCGGAAGCUUCUCAGCGGGAUGCCCUACCUCCUAUAACCUCUACCUUUGAGAAACGUGUCAGUCCAGAAAUAUUAAAGGCUUGUGUAGAAAAGCAUGUGUCGGCAGAGGGUUUCAUGGUUUACAAUGUCGUGUGUGAAGGAGUGAUUGAAUGUAGCAAUAGUCUGGAGGAUGAGGAGGAUCGUGAACUGGUGCCGCAGGCUGUUGUCUACAAGUCCUGCAGACAACGGAUUUAUGGUUUGCUACUGCUCAACAGGCAUGAUGACAGCACUGUGGAACCUCCUGCCAUCAGAGAGUGGUUUGUCUAUCCAGGCAACCCUUUGAAGGAGCCCGACAUGGUCCUCCCCAUCCCAAUCUGUAUCGCAUGUGAACAGCCCAGUCUUGACUUGCUGUGGUUCAGCUCCGGGCCUGAAGUUUCCGCCCUUCGGCUGAUGAGCUUUCUUUCAAUAUUUGACUGCCAGGAGCUUGCAGAGAUGUAUGGAGUUGUUGAAGACUUUCUCCUGGCUGCUCUUUGUCUGGUCACCUACAUUGCCCUCCAGGUACCAUCUUUAUGUUCAGAGGACGUGGAUGCUUACCUGAGUCAGGCUGUGUGUCUGAGGCUAACAUCUCUGCAAGAGCUUCAACAGAUAAAGCUGCCAUUCCUCAGCAGUCGAGCAGUCCAACUGGGCUCUCUCUACGUCCGGGGACUGAGCUACCUGCUGGGGGCCAACUGUGCCAGUGGCUGCCCACUGCCCACCACUGCCCUCAUGCCUUGGCAAAGCUUCGAUGGACAGCUCUUCCACUCUAAGUACCUGCUGGCACAUAGUGGCACUGAGCAAAUGGUGCUUCUGGACAACCUUCCAUCCAGUCUGGCCGUGUUUCUCCAGCUGAGAGAAAAACAUGUAGAAGUUUGCAUGAAGAGAAACAGAGUCUUGCAGUCGCGCCCCAGAGCUAGUUUGCUUGAUCGAAGUCAUAGUCCCCGAUACAGAGAUGGACACACAGCUGGUGUUGACAACUGGCCGGAUAGGGGCGAGGCGUCAGGAGGAUGGAGGAGGGGGAGCAGACAGUGCAGUGAUGGAAACAACAGAGUCAAACUACAGGAGAGACCUGCACACAGAGGAAGAGGAGGAGGAGGCCAAUAUUCCCACCCUCGCUUUCAUCCUCCCUCCUUCGAUGGCAGUGGUCAGAACUUGAGCUCUCUGUCAGAGCAUACCCGGAGUGGAUGGCGUCCCAGCAGAGGGCGAUACCAGCUGGCUCCCAGCCUCCUGCUCCCGGAAUGUAACUCCACCCUGACAGUGAGGAAAGGAGCAGAGGAUUAGAGCACAGGACUUGAAGAGUUAAGAGGGUAGGAAAGUGCUGAUGAAAGGAAUCACGGAAUCAAGUUUCUCUGAACAAACUGAUUAGCUGUCAAGAAUGUUUCUCUAAAGGAUGCUGUAGGUGAAAAUAGGGGGAUUAAGCAGACAGAUUUGAUUAAGAACUUGGAAAUGAAUGAACAACUUUUGAAAUUUGUCACGGACUUUUUUUUAAGAAAAUGAAAAAAAAUCUAGUUGCAUCUUUUGUCACUGUUCAAACUUGCUGUGACAGAAAACAAAAUAGAACGGGUGUAUCAAGAAACAAAUGAAGCCACUUGAAACAUUUUCUUCUGAAUUUAAAAUAAAAAUUUUAAAGCAUGCACUGAAAAGAGGAUUCAUGCUUAAUCCUCAAAACUGUUUUUAACGUUGAGCGGGACGCAUUACCAUAUAGAGUCUAUUAAGUCCACCUAAUUGCUAAACUUAAACUAUUCCAAUAAUUUGACAAACACUUUUAAGUUCAUACUAAAGAUGAUUUUUGAAAAAUAUUUCAUUUGGGCACUGAUGAACAAAAUCACUUGUACGGUACAGUGACAAAACAAAAUUCGAAAACUUAAUUGUUCUUUUGUCAGAUUGGUUUCAUGCAAAAAGCAAUGCACUAGAAUUACAAAACUGGUGUAAUUUGAGGCAAGCGUAGACCCUAAUGUUUAAAAUAAUCCCUCUUGGUCAACAGCCAAUGUAUAUAAAUUGAGAAUCUAUUUUUUAUAUGGAAUACUGAAAUAUUGGAAAUAGAAAUAGGGUAGCAGUAAAAUGUAACCUUGCAGAGUUUUCUUUCCAAAAAUCUAUUUCGCCAUGCUGAGGUGCUUUGUGUGCUGGCAAUGACUGAUCACCGUAAUUCGUGUCUGCGUUCAUAGGAACGGAACUCCAUCCCCCUGUACUGAAUGACUGAGCUGUACUACAGAAGAAAUAUAAAAACAGUAUGUGGGUAUGUAGGCUUGGGAUGCCACAAUACAGUAUAUGGAAUUCCCGAAAUAAAAUCCGCUAGUAAGCACGUUGACACAAAGGUCAAAUGAAACAUUUUAAUAUAACCAACUAGUGACUGACAUAGUCACUUUGAAAACAUUGCUUCUGGAUGAGGGUGGGGCCUGGAGAUUCCAAUUGAUUGAUGAAAUGUAGUGAAACGUCACUACUGGUUACAUUGGCUUGGUGAAAGAGAGUAAUGUGACAGCACCUGAGGUGGAAGUGGCUCUGAAAAAAUAAUAGUCUCGCCGGUCAAUAAAAGAUGGAUAAAAAUACACAUAGCGAGUAUAUUAGCGUAAUGUAGCUCAGUGUGAUGGAGUAAACGUAGUGUUUCUUCUUAACAUAAAUACUCAUGUAUAAGUACACAGUAUGUUGCAUUAAAAACUGCUCUGACAGUUUUUCCAAAAGGUUACUGAAGUAACUGUAAUGGAGUAAAUGUAGCACAUUACUACCUACCUCUACUCUUUGAGAGACAGAGGGUGAUGGGUGGGGUAGGCUAGACGCCUACAUAACUAGAGUGAAGUGGCUCUGUUUAGCUACUAACUAAUAUGAAGAGACAGGAUGUAUUCUGUGGUGAAGCAAAUGAGAGAAGGCUUAAUCAAAAAGAAAGGGGGGGUGGGACAACACAGAAAGGGAAAUUGAGUACUGUUGGAGAGAGGGCAAUUAUUAGGUAUGAGGACAGAAGGGGGAGAAGGUGGAAUGGAGGAGCUACUAAGAAUAGGCAGACCAACAAAAACAGGAAGAGAUGGAAAAAAAGAGGUGAAGUUGAGAGAGAGGCGAAACAGACAGUUUUUGAGCUGAUGGUCUGUUGUGUUGUUUCAACCACCGGAAAGCCUGUUGGCUUCCUCUCUCUAUAUGUAUGUGUGUGUGACUGUGAGUGGGUGUGGUUCCUCCAGCACCAGGGACACAAACAUUCAGUCAAGCCCAUUUGAGUCUUCCAGUCUGGGAUUGCUUAAUUCGACUGUUUCCCCUCCUUUGGUGUGUCAUUCCAUACGUUGUUUGAUGUAUUUUAUUAACAUAUUCUCUGUGUUGUCUAAACAGUCUAAAGCUUUUGGAGCCAAGGCAACCACCUCUUGAAUGGAAAAUGGAACUGUCAAAUAUAUUCUAGAAGUUAUCAUUUAUUUGCUUAGCUUGCAUUAGUAUUAUGGACGAUUUUAGAUGUCUCGCCUUCGAAAAGAUGACUCAGCAUCAUCCGAUGGAAGGGCGCCUGGACCAAGGACGUGAUCGGAUGUGGUCGGGUCGGGACAAGUGUUGGUCCAAUAUUUUGUGUUGUGUCUUAUUGCUUAGAAUACUAUGUCUGGGAAAAAACCCUCUUAUUAUCAAAUAUUAUGUGUCGUGUCUUAUUGUUUAGAAUACUAUGUCUGGGAAAAACCCUCUUAUUAUCAAAUAUUUUGUGUUGUGUCUUAUUGCUUAGAACAUUAUGAUUUGUAAAUCCCUCCUAUUUCAAAUAAAUGCAGGAGCGAGGGGGGGGAUUGUUUAGAGCGUGUUGAGAGGCUGUGAUCUGAACAAUCUCCCAUACGCCCUCCUCAUGAGAAAAAGAAA